AGCCAAAAAGAAUAUUCAAUAUUUCGUUAUUUACAAAUAUAAAUUUUAUUAUUUAAAAAUGAGCUGGUAUAAGAAAUAUUUAUUACUCAUUUAAAAUUAUUAAUUAGUUUAAAAUAAAUAAAUUUAAACUGCAUAUCUAAUAAAUAUUUACGACAUAAAUAGAAAUGAAGAAAGCAUAAUUAGAUUAUAUACAACCAGUGAAAUCUUCAUACAUUAAAUAAGGGUGGUCCUCUCAUUCUUGUUAUAUUUAUGGCAUAAUCUUGUAUCCCAAUUAUCUCAGGCAGUUUUAUCUUUUCCUAAAAUCUCACAACUAUGGCAUUGCCUAAUGACAACACUAGAGAAAUACUGGCUGCUCAGGCACACAUAUGGAACCAUACAUUUAGUUACAUCAACUCCAUGUCACUCAAAUGUGCAAUUCAACUUGGAAUUCCAGAUAUCAUCCACUCUCAUGGCCGAGCCAUGACCCUCUCUGAUUUGGUGAAUGCUCUCCCCAUCAAUAAUAAUGUUAAGACCUUGGAUUAUAUCUUCCGUCUCAUGCGUAUUCUAAUUCAUGGUGGCUUCUUUAAUAAAAUAAAGGUUAAUGAUAAAGAAGAGGGUUAUUUACUUACUCCAGCUUCAUGUCUCCUUCUUAAAGAUGAGCCUUUGAGUCAAGUCGCCUUUGUACAAACGGAACUAGAUCAAAGUUUCAUGGAUCCAUGGCACUCACUUAUCAAAUGGAUUAGGAGUGAUCAUGACAACUCCAGUACUCCAUUUGCAAUUUCUCAUGGCAAACCCCUGUUUGAAUAUGAUGAGACACAACCAAAUAUUAACCGUCAAUUUAAUGAAAUUAUGGCUAGUGAUUCCCGAUUGGUAAUAAGUGUGUUGAUUAAAAAUUGUAAGGGUGUUUUUGAAGGAUUGAAAUCAUUGGUAGAUGUUGGAGGUGGCAUUGGAAUCGUGGGUAAAGUUCUUGCGGAUGCAUUUCGUGAAAUGAAUUGCAUCGUCUUUGAUCUUCCACAUGUAAUUGAAGGAUGUGAAGGAAGCAAAAACCUAUGCUAUGUGGGAGGAGACAUGUUUAAGUUCAUUCCCUCUGCCAAUGCAAUUUUACUAAAGUGGGUAUUACAUGAUUGGAGUGAUGAAGAAUGCAUCAAAAUAUUGAAGAAAUGCAAAAAAGCAAUUCCUAGCAAGGAAAAGGGAGGGAAGGUGAUCAUUAUUGAUAUGGUAUUAAUGGAUCGUAAAAUAGAGAAAGGAGACGGCAAGUCAUAUGAAACUCAACUUUUUUUUGACAUGCUCAUGAUGGUUCAUGUUUCUGGAAAGGAAAGAAAUCAACAAGAUUGGGCAAAACUCUUCUGCAGUGCUGGUUUUAGUGACUACAACAUCAUUCCUAUGUUGGGAUUAAGAUCUAUUAUUGAGGUUUUCCCUUAAUCUAUGGAACUGGAAUAAUUCCAUCCAGCAUCGAUGACACCAAUAAAACACUUCCAUGUGUUAUGAAGGAAAAAUGUCAUUCCUCAUUUACAUCCUAAUAAAAUGGACCUCUUUGUGUUUCAUUA